AUGAAUAAUACAUAUCAAACAACCAGCGUUGAAGUUGUGGAGGGGUUCCAUGUUGAUCACGACUUUGGUGUUGCCUUUGACCCUAUAAACGGAUGUGUCAUCAACCCGUAUUCCAGCAAAAAGAUAUCCAAACCCACUCAAAGAGCUUUACGGGCCUGCUUGGAUCGGUGUGGGAACAAUAUCUACCAUCAAUUCAAAGUUGCAGCAUACAACUGCGUGAUGAUUAGUGACACUAUUCCUGGUCUUCAGGUGGAGGAGUUUAGUAUGUGUUGCAGUUGCAAGUCCUUCUGCUAUCGCAAUGUUGCAGGAGCCAGGUCACAUCUUAGAGGGUGUGCAACAUUGCCCAAACGUUCAAUCCCAUCCAGAGGUUACUGUUUCUACUCUGGUCAACAACUGAGAUACAUAGUGAUACAAGUGGGAACAUCAGCACGGUCUGAUGGUUUUGCUCCUGGUCCAGUCGAAACUGUCACUUAUCCAUUAUCUCCCAUGCCACAAUUGAGAAGUGGUGAUGCGCAGCAAGGGGUCGAACCUAAACAUCAGAUAGAAGCAUGUGCGCAUAUCGACGAGUCGCAGAUCAUCGAUUUUGUUCAGAGAUGUAAUGGCUUCAAAGAAGAGAAUCCUCUGAUCUGCUUGAUGGAUUUCAGAGAACAGUGGUUGCAUGAAUCUUCUCUUAUGAAGUUGGCAAAUGACAUUUACGAAUACGCUCUCAAGUAUCAUAAGGAUAGAAGACAUUGCUUUGUGAGGGACUCAAGGGUAUCGGAACACUCAACUACUACAAAGGAUUCACCCUUUUGGCUCAACGAAGUGACGGACUCUACUCAGAAAGCUUACGUCAACGUCUUCAAGCAGUGGAUCUGCAAUAUGUGUGGUCUAAUGAGUUCGGCGUCUGUUAUGGAGAGGCUCAAUUACAAUGCGGAUCUUUCCAAUUAUUUGAGCGUGCUCUACUCUGCUGCCACUACUGGAUUCUAUGAUAAGACUGAAGUGACACUUGCUCUUGCUAAGGCAACACGCAUUAUGAUGGUUGACCCAGGAAACGUGGAACUGUAUUCGGACAGCUGUGGACUUCUGCUGGUAGGUCUUGCUCCAAAAGAUGAGUCCGAUAGAUGUAACCAGUUUGUCGUAACUGAUUUACAGAAAACCUCGUUGCAGGCCCGGCGAAUGGAUGCCGUUGUCAAUUUUACCAAGCUGUUGAUUUCAAGCUCUUUUGACGACGACACCGAGAACGAGACAUUUCAACACUUUAUUAACACGUCAAGACAAAGACUUCCGAGAUUUGAGACACUCUUACACAUAAGAUAUCUUUCCAAGCAAUGUGUGUUUGAUAACUGA